CAGAUUUGUCAAGAAUGCAGUUGGGAUAUUCUCUGGGCCUUCGAUCUAGUACACUAUCUGUCGUCCUGUGGUUUACUCCGGAUCUGGUUAGCGUUCGUAAAGGCUCUUGUCGCAGGAAGAGGUCCAAGUUGGCGAACAUCCAUUUGUACGUUGAUCGGCAAGGGAAAAGACCUGAGUCACAAUGCCACAGUGGGGAGGAGGCGAAGUAUGUCCUGCUUGCAACAAGUCAGUGUACAAGGCAGAGGAAGCACCUACCAAAGUACAAAGCCGGACGUUUCAUAAGCUCUGCUUCAAGUGUGCGACGUGCAACAAGAUGUUGGACUCCACCACAGUGGCUGAGCAUGAAUUGAAGCUGUUCUGCAGGAAUUGUCACGGGAAACACUAUGGGCCGAAGGGGGUUGGUUUCGGUGGCGGCGCCGGCACGCUCAGCAUGGACAGCGGGGAGAGAUUUGCAUCCAAGAAGUAUGCAUGCAAAAGACUGUUGGACUCAACUACCGUGGCUCAUCAUGAUCUGAAGCUGUACUGCAAAAAUUGCUACGGCAAAUUCCACGGGCCGAAGGGGGUUGGCUUCGGAUCUGGAGCCGGCUCACUUAGUAUGGACAGCGGGGAGAGAUUUGGAGGCCCAAGAAACGAGAAGAAGCUGUUUUAAUUUCGUAAAGAAAAUAUGAUUUAUGACUGUGUACUAGAUUAUGGUUCUGUUGAAUAGUUCUCUGCGAGUUAUCUGAAAUAAGCUUGAUUACGAGCAGAUAUUUAUACGCUGCCUCAGGAAGUUGGUUUCUGAAGUAUUUUUUAAACACUUUUGCAUGAAAAGCUUGCUUGCACAGAAUGAAAUUUAAAAUUUCAAAGCUGAUCAAACUUUAAUUAUUUAAGGUAAUAAAUUUUGCCCUCUCCCUGGAAUCCUGAUUUUAGACUCCUUUUGGAACAAUCCUGCACAGAGCAUCAAAAUGUUUGAAUCAAUGCUUUCAAUGUCCAAAGCUCAGAAAAAGGAAUAGGCAGAGAUGAAAAGACACAGAAAAAAGAGCAUCGGGGGUUGUUUUACACAUCAACAAGAGCGCAGAAUGUGCAAAGUUCGAUAAACAGGCAAGUCUCUAAGAGAUAGACCUGUUGGGAGGAGUUGCACUAGCCCGCUAGCCAUUCACCCAUAGCCCCAUUAUAGGUUUUCAUAAUCUUACGACGUUUUUACCUUCGAAUAGUUGUAUUGAAAAUUAGAGUUUAAGACUUGACUCACGUAAAUCUCUUGUUUCUCACGAUCUGCUAUAUACAUGUACAUACCUAGGACUUUUUUCUAUUGGGUAGGUAUAAAACAGAUAAUGAAAGAUGAAAGAUUUCGAUUGGUCUGAUCGUUAACCCUCGUUUUCCUUUCUAAUCCUUCUAAUCCUCGUGCAAAUCUCAUAGAGGUCAAAAGCCAACAUAGUAACCUAUUAACGUUGAUCAAAAUCGUUUAUUACAGACAGCAUUUUCGUCACUUUUAGUGUCUCAAAGAAAUAAAUGUACAUGUGCAAUCUCGCUCAGAAUUCACACAACACCAAAUUCUCGCUUUGGUGGCUGGAAAAUUCACUCCAUUGAAAAUUUAAGGAAACGUAACAUUAAUUGUAUGCAUGAUGUUUGCCAAUUUCCCAACAGUUUAAGAAGCAAUAAAUAAAAUAAUGAUACAGGUUGGAAAAUUUUGA